CACUGGCUUGGAGCUGCUGGAAAGCGAAAUAACCUAUGACAAGCUCAAAAAGUGGACCAGCAAGGAAAUGAUGGCUGAAGAUGAUGUUGAGUUAAAAGUUACCUAACUCUUCAGCCACAAACUCUUACUAAAGGAAUUGCCAAUUCUGCUUCAGCGGAAGAAAGCAAGUUUUUCUGAAUGGAUUCUAUAACAGCAUCAAUCAACCAGUUUGCCCUGAAUUUUAGCAAAAAGCUAGCUGAAUCUGCUGAGGGUAAAAAUAUUUUCUUUUCUCCCUGGAGUAUCGCAACUUCCUUGGCCAUGGCGUAUUUGGGCACCAAAGGUCCCACUGCAGCUCAAAUGGCCCAGGUGCUUCAAUUUAACAGAGACCAGGAUGUCAAAUCUGGUCCUGAAAGUGAAAAGAAAAGAAAAAUGGAAUCCAACUUGGGCAAGGUUGAAGAAAUACACUCUGAUUUCCAAAAACUGAUCUCAGAAAUCCUGAAGCCCAGCAAUGCCUAUAUACUUAAAACAGCCAAUGGGAUAUAUGGCGAGAAAACAUAUCCAUUUCACAUUAAAUAUUUAGAAGACAUGAAGACAUAUUUUGGUGCAGAGCCACAGUCUGUUAACUUUGUGGGAGCCCCUGACCAAAUCAGGAAGGAUAUCAACUCCUGGGUUGAAAGCCAGACUGAGGGUAAAAUCCUGAAUCUCCUGCCUGACGACGCUGUGGAUUCUACAACCAGAAUGGUUCUGGUGAAUGCCCUUUACUUUAAAGGCACCUGGGAACAUAAAUUCUUAGAGCAAAACACCAUAGAAAAGCCUUUCAGAAUAAACAAGACGACAAGCAAACCAGUGCAAAUGAUGUCUAUGAAAGAAAAACUUGAUAUUUUUCACAUAGAAAAGCCACAAGCCACAGGCCUUCAACUCUACUAUGCUAGUCAUGACCUCAGCCUGCUUAUAUUACUUCCAGAAGAUAUAAGUGGACUGGAACAGCUGGAAAAAGCCAUCACCUAUGAGAAAUUGAAUGAGUGGGCCAACACAGAUAUGAUGGAAUUGUACGAAGUGCAGCUGCAGCUUCCCAAGUUCAAGCUGGAAGAGAGUUAUGACCUUAAGUCAACACUGAGUAGCAUGGGCAUGAGUGAUGCCUUCAGCCAGAGCAAAGCUGAUUUUUCAGGAAUGUCUUCGGAGAAAAAUCUCUUUCUGUCCAAUGUUUUCCACAAGGCUUUUGUGGAAAUAAACGAGCAAGGUACCAAGGCUGCAGCUGGCACUGGGAGUGACAUCAGUUUACGAAUUAGAGUCCCCUCCAUUGAAUUCAAUGUAGAUCACCCAUUCCUCUUCUUCAUCAGACACAAUAAAACCAAUAGCAUCCUUUUUUGUGGAAGAUUCUGCUCCCCCUAAACGCUGCAUCUCUC